UGCAAGGGCGGGAUUCGAAAUUUGAAGUUCCCUUCCCCUCCUCCCGCUAGAGUCUGGUUGUGUGAUCCAGGAAGGGGAAGCGCCGCCCGCUACGCUUGAUCAAUAGAUCCAUUCACCCGGGGAGAUUCCCGACCGUGUGCUCGUGUGUGGAGUUGAGUUGUGAUGGAGGCCACCUCCCCGCAUCCUCCCACCACCAUCCGCCGGAACCCACCCCGCCGCGCGAGGCCUCCCCCGACCCCGCUCGCCGGCGACAAAUCCAAACCCUCCCCCCUCUCCCGCCUGCUCGAGGGUGAAGCAGCGUUCGCCGCCUCCGUUCCCUGUCCACCGCAGGAGGAGCGCCUCAAGGUGUUCCUCCGCAUCCGCCCCCUCCCGGACCGCGAUCGAAGCCGGCCACUCCCCGCUGCCAAGGACCCGCGCCGGAAGCCCAAGCAGGUCGGAGCCCCCGGGGAGCUCUGCCUCGCGCCCGACGGACCCAACUCCGUCGUCCUCACCGUCCCGCGGUCUAAGCUAGUCGACCCCAAGCGAGGCCGCACCGAGGUCUUCGACGGCUUCUCUGCCGUUUUCCCAUCCGACUCCACCCAGCAUGAUAUCUUCGCGCAAGUCAUGAACCCACUGGUGGAUGACUUCCUGGGCGGAAAGAGUGGCCUUCUGGUUGCAAUGGGUCCCACAGGCUCUGGAAAGACUCACACCAUCUUUGGUUCCCCAAGGAAUCCUGGUAUACUACCCCUCACGCUGAGGAGAAUCUUCAACGCACAAGGCGAAAGCAAGGUUUCCAGGAAACCAACGCGGUCAUUUUUCUUCUCGAUGUUUGAGAUAUUUUCUGAGGGAAAAGGGGAACGCAUUCUUGACUUACUGUCUGAUACUGUGGAGUGUGUUCUUCAGCAGUCAGUGAUUAAAGGUCUUCAAGAGGUUUCCCUUUCAAAUCCUGCAGAUGCUGAGAGCUUGGUUUCACGUGGUAUGCUAAAGCGCAGCACGGCUGCAACAAAUGCUAACAGCAACUCAAGUCGAUCACAGUGCAUCAUUACUAUACGUGCAGACAGUGAACAUCUACUUAGUAGUGCUGUUCUGACCAUAGCAGACCUUGCUGGCGCAGAACGGGAAAAGAGAACUAGAAAUCAAGGUUCAAGGCUGUUAGAAAGUAACUUCAUCAACAACACAUCCAUGGUUUUCAGUCUCUGUUUGAGGUCUCUGUUAGAACAUCAGAAAAACCAGAAGAAACCCUUGGAAAAGCAUUUCAAGAAUUCCAUGUUGACAAGGUACUUAAGAGACUACCUAGAAGGAAGGAAGAAAAUGACUUUGAUCUUGAAUGUGAAGCCAGGGGAUGAUGAUUAUUUGGAUACAUCAUUUUUGCUUAGACAAGCAUCUCCUUACAUGAAAAUAAAGUACACUAGUCUUGAUGAUUCUUUUGACCUGGCUUCGCAAAAGAGAAUCAAUGUUUCCUUGAUUUGCCAAGAGAACAAGAAAAAAAGGAAGGUUCAGAAGCCUGCAGUCCUUGUGGUUGAACGAAAGGAAAAUGUUGAUACAGAUGAUAUUUCUAAAGUUUCUGAAAAAGAUGGCGUGCAUCACGUGUCUCUUAACCCAGAGAUGCCAAGGGUAUCCAGAAGCGAAGCAAUAAUGACAAACUUUGCAAGGGCUUUAUUGACUGUAUUAAGACAAUAUAAGCACAAACUUUUGGAGUCCGAGAAUGCUGUUGAAAGCAUGAAAGAAUUGAUUAGAGAUAAAGAUAUCGAAAUCAUGGAGUUGAAAAAGGAGCUGAAGGCUGUAAGGUAUUGUUCAUGCAAGAGUUCUCCAAUAAAUGAAGAUGACUCUGUGGACCAUGAUGAUUCUUCAUCAUUUGGUCAAGCUGCUCAGAGUUUAGUUAAUAUAUCAAAUCAAGCUGACCUGGGAUCUAAUGAUGCUUCAGAAGAUAAUUUCCAUGUAGAGUUACAAGCGCUUCAUAAGGAAUCAGAUAAAUCUGAAAGUUUUACUGUGCCAACACCUGCACCCACUGGUGGUGCAAUGCCUGCAUCUAGUUAUUCAGAUCAAAGCUUCACAGAAGAUGAUGCACUUCUGUGCCUGAACACUGAACAAACAUCUACCGUAGGGCAAAGUGAUGAAGAAACGGAAGAGCUGAGUAAGAUCACACUAGAGAAUAAGGAUAUUCAGCUUGAUAUCAAUAUAAGAGAAGAGAAGCACCAUGAAUCUUGUAGCUCUUCACAGCAAGUGAACUUUGACACAGAAGGUACCCGCUCUAGUGAGGCUUCCUUGCUUGGAACGGUUGGUUCUGAAAAGAAGCUUGAGGAACUGAAGCAGAAAUCUGGAAGAUGUGUGUCUGCUGUAGAAAAGGCUAACGUGGAACUGGAGCAUGGUAUAGACGGUGGUCAAGCUCUAGACGAAAAGUGUGAUCAUGCCUCAGCGAAAGCUGCAAAGGCUCCUCCAAGCAAGGGCAGGGAGGCAGACGAAACUGCGGAUACAGAUAAGGAAGCUUUUGGUUCUAGGACAGAGAAAACCAGGAGGAGGUUACAGCCAGCUGCUGCUAUGUUGCUCAGGGAAUUCACUGGCGCUGACAUUGAUGCGGAUAACGAAAGGGAAGAAAGAGGCAGAUCAUCGUCCAGCGUGGCAACCGGGAGAUCAGAUGCGCUUGUUCAACUUCUGAUGAAAGGCCGUCCGGUCCGUGGAUUAGCUUCAUGAUAGCCGGCACCGCAUGACGUGACACAUAUUAUACUGUUUGGUUCAGCUUUUUUUACCUGCUUUUCUGAGAGAAUCUAGCGUAGAGAAUCUGAGUAUCAUUAAGAUUACGUGUGUAGAAAGAUAAAUGUGUCCAUAUGACUCAAGAUGUAGAAAUUGACGGAUUUCUGCUAUUUAAUGACUCAACCGAUUAUAUGUUUAUGUUGAUUUUGAAUGGUUUUUACCCAAACAAAUUUUAUAAAAGCUGGCUGAAAAGUUGAGCGUUUGACA